UGAAGGGGCCCCAGCAAACUUCCAGCUGCCGGCUGAUGAUUGGCUCACAGCGGCCCCAGCAACAUCUAGCUGAUUGGCUCCUCGGCCCCAGCAACAUCUAGCUGAUUGGCUCCUCUGCGGUGAUGCUCAUUGGACUGUUUCCCUGCCCUUUCAGACCACGGAGCUGCUCAUUGGGGGACUUUUUUGGCUCCGCCCACGUGACCCAGCCAAUCGGCCUCAAGAGCAGGAGGAUUGUGGGAGGUGGAGAGAAGCUUGUGUGGGAGAGAGAGGCUUGUGGAAAGCCGGUGGUGGCAGUUGAGGCUCUGAGGGUUUUUCCUGAGAGGCUGUUUUGUUUGGCGUGUGUGGUUCUAAAAAUAAAGUUAGUUUCUUUUGACAAGUGGUUCCUGAUUGUGCCCAGCCAGACUGCGGCAUUUGGUGGCUCGCACGGGGAGCGACUGAGGAGAACAAACUGGUGGAAAUAAACGGCAUGCCUUCUGUCACCAUUUGUCAAAUUCAGUCCUUCCAUUAUGGGGCCAGAACAACACAGAGACACCUAUCAUGGCUGAAGUUACAUAGGCUUCAAAAUACCAGUGAGUGGAUGUCAGUGGAGCACAAAGGAGGAAUGAUCACACAGGAGGCUGGGAUGAAGCUCCUGCUGCUGAGUCUGGGACUGACCCUGAUCUGGGCUCACACAGAAGGAACCCAUGAUGCUGUGACAAGCGACUUUGAUCCGUCCAAGUAUUCAGGGGAGUGGUAUUCCAUUCUCCUGGCCUCUGAUCAAAAGGAAAAGAUAGAAGAAAACGGUAGCAUGAGGGUUUUUGUGGAAUAUAUCCAUGCCUUGAAUAAAUCUUCCUUAGGCUUUAAAUUCCAUAUAAUUAUAAAUGGAGUAUGUGCUGAAAUUGAGUUUGUUUGUGACAAAACAGAAGAGGAUGGUGUAUAUUCUGUUGAAUAUGAUGGACAUAAUACAUUUAAAGUACUCGAAACGGACUAUGAUGACUACAUUAUUUUUCACCUCAUAAAUAAAAAUAAUGGGAAUACAUUCCAACUUAUGGAGCUCUAUGGUCGAGCACCAGAUGUGAGCUCAGAACUCAAGCAGAAAUUUGUGAAUGUUUCUGAAAAAUAUGGAAUUGUUAAGGAAAACAUAUUGGACCUGACCACUGUUGACCGCUGUAUCCAGGCCCGAGGUGGAACACAGUCCUGAGUCUCCAGGGCAGAGAGAAAGUUUCCCCACCUGGGCUCCAGCAUCAUCUAUCUCCUUCCUCACUGCUACACCAUCUUAUGACCUGUUCUGUCACCUGAUUUCCACCACUGUCACAUAUGAAUGUGUCAUCCUGGAUCUCGAGGAUCUUCUCAGAUUGCUGAGGAAGAUUCAUCCAAUCACCAAGAAUCAAAGGCUUUCUCUAAAUUUCUCUCUUUGCCACACCCAGGUCAACUCUACAUGAAGAAGGUCUUUCUCUAUCCCCUCAAUAAAUGAUCAGCCCUGGA